AUGGCGGAAUACGCAGAUGGUGUGGGCGCUUGGGGUGCGUGGCAGGUCGAGCCGUCCAAGUUUACGCAGCUCGUCGUCGACUCCAUGAGGACGUUAUACCCCGAAGAGCUCGCCGAUCGGAAAUGGGACAAUGUCGGACUGCUGCUUGGCAACUCCGAAAGCGAUGCCAAGAAGCUCGAGCCGACAGUCAUGGUGACAAACGACCUCACCUUUCAAGUCGCAGUGGAUGCCAUUGGCCAGGGCGUCAGUGUCAUUGUCAGCUACCAUCCCUUCAUCUUUUCCGGCCUCAAGUCGGUCACGAAUAGCGACCCCCAACAAGCUACACUCCUGCAGCUGUCCAAGGCUGGCGUUGCCGUCUACUGCCCGCACACGGCCGUGGAUGCUGCUCCCAAGGGCCUCAACACUUGGCUCGCCGACAUCGUUGCCGGACCCCAUAAACACACCCCGUCCGUUGCCAUUCCUUGCGCCACGGCCCCCGAAUCGGACCCUCCAGCUGGAUAUGGCAAGAUAGGGCACUUCGAAGACGGCGCUCCCGUGUCCCUGGCGGAGAUUAUCAAGAGACUUGCUCUCAAGCUUGGAGGCCUCAAGCACAUCAUGAUUGCCUCCCCCGUCGGCUCCGACAUCAAGACUGCCAAGGUGCGCAGCUUUGGUGUUUGCGCAGGCAGCGGAUACGAUGUUCUCAAGUCGGCCGACGUGGAUCUGCUCGUCAUGGGUGAGACGAGCCAUCACUCUGCUCUGAGAGCCAUCCAGCAAGGCAGAACCCUCAUCCAAGUAUUCCACAGCAACUCGGAAAGAGGCUACCUCCGAGAGGUGUUGAAGCCCAGCUUGGAAAAGCUGCUCAAGGAGGCCGAGCCCAAGGCUGAAGUGAUAUUGAGCGAGUAUGAUGCGGAUCCGUUCAAGAUACUGGACGUGAGUACCUUGCAGGAGGCCUGA